AUGGUGAUCGAGAAGCUGAUCGGUACGCCUAUUCGUGUUGAUCGAGCAACAGAGCUAGGUGCCCGGGGGAACUAUGCAAGGGUGUGUGUGGAGGUUGACCUGACGCAACCCUUAUUAUCCCAGUACAAGGUUGAGGGUAAGAAGUACCCGAUGCAAUAUGAAGGGCUGGACAAAAUCUAUGAUGAAUGUGGUAUGUAUGGUAAAAAAGCUUAUAAGUGCUCAUGUAAAGUGAUGAAGGAAGAUAAUGAAGGAUAG